AUGUUCAAAAAUUACAUUGAUAUUUGUGAUGUUGUGUCAUUAUUAGUUUAUUGUCCUGCGGAAAAAGCAUAUUUAUUGACUAAAGAAUCCAAUGGAGAAUUCUGGAUUCCAUCAAGUAGGACCGAGAAGAACUGCUGGAAAAUGUCCGCACAUAAAUUGAACUUUGAGUUAUUCGGUAUGGAUUCGUCUGCCCAAUGUCAACCAUUGCGCGUAUACAAAAUUUGGCUCCCAGAUCAUCCUAGCACCUGUGUUUACCAUGCCGUAUAUAAAGUAUCCAUAAAAUCUGAUGUUAAAAAACGGGUUAAACGAAGAGCGGGUAUUCGAAAUCGUCUACAAUGGUUCACGAUGGUGGAGUUAGAACGCUUACGAGCGCAUGCGAACCUUCGUAGUCCAGAAGUUUCCGUUUUCGCGCAAAUGGCGUUGGGAGACGUACCUAAGGAUGCAGAUAUAUUGGAUUUUGAGCCCGGUAUGAUUGUUGAGAUUUGUGACGACAAUGUUCUGAUUGGUGUCGACGUAGCUGGGGGCUCUGUGUCUUUAUCGUCGCCCCACUGUCAGUUGCUGCAAGCUGCUAAUUACAAAAAAGAAGACCAAAUUCGGCUAUACAACGAAUUUAUUCUGCUGGUGUAUCCUGCCCUCUACAUGAGUCCCAAUAUAUUCACGCAGUUCAUGUCCGAUCUUGGAUGGCAGAAAACGCAAUGUGCCAAUUUAUUUAGAGCUGCAGAUAUUUCAUGCCGAGGUGGCCUAUCGUUCCUUGACCUGGUGUUGUGGUGUGCAGCAUUGGAGCCUAUGACGCAGCACCUGGGCGUACCAGCUGAACUGCGAUGUAGAUAUAUUUUCAGGUAUUUCGAUGCAAAUCGAGAUCAAAAACUGGAGUACCAAGAGUUUAAAGAAUUGGUGGGAGCCGCACGCGCAACAAGAGAGUUACCUGUUGAUCCACUCAGUGUCGCUAGGGAGGCCGACGUCUGCCUCAGACAGUUAGGCCUCCAGCCGAACUGUCAACUACUGAUGGCAGACUUCCUUCGUGCUGUUGGAGAGAUGUUUUUUCGCGGCACCAGCUCCUUGUUACGCUCACCGAAAAGUAUCGCCGGUUAUUUGAUGGAUCUUCACGAACGUGACCAAGAAAUGAAAGCAGCGACUACUUCUAAGUUAAUAAACUACCAAGCACCAAGUAUGCCAGACAUACAAUCGUCAGGAUCCCAUGGUAAAGUGAGCUGUGCACCAUCACAUCCUCAGGGCAACUAUACCCUCGCUUCUUGUGUCGUUAAGCUGCAGAAGAAGCAAGUUCCUGAAGUUCUGGCUUUAACGAGUUUUGAUGAAGACGCAGUAAGCAGUUCCACAACACGGUUGAUAUCAAACUCAUUGGCGUCAAUGGACCUCCUUGGAGCAGCAGCGAUGCCUGUCGAGGCACUUGCCUCUGUACAUUACUUCGCUCUUCAUGUUGAUAAACCUGCUCAUCGCCGGACAUCCGGCGGUGGUUCAAUAAUUAUCAACAAGGAAGCGUGGUCUUGGUUAAACUCUAAUGAAGAAGCGUCUCUCGGCAGCACGCUUCUCAAACUGGCGGAAGCUGUUCGAUCUAUUUGCGCUUCAGAACCAAGAUUACUGAAAUUAACCUCACCGGUUUAUGCUAUAGGAGACUUGCAUGGCAACCUACCAGCACUACUAGCCAUGGAAUCCGCUCUCUGGCCUCAUGGACCUUCCAUGCUCCCAGCCCGUUUGCUCUUCCUGGGAGACUUCGUUGAUAGAGGGCCUUACGGUACGGAGUUGCUGGCGUAUCUCUUCGCAGCUAAGUUGCAGCGCCCCACCGGUGUCUACCUCAUAAGAGGAAACCACGAAGCACGGGAUAUCCAGAAGAUGUUCAGUUUUCAUACAGAGUGCCUUACGAAGUAUGGUGAGGUUGACGGAGGGCGGAUAUGGAGUGCCAUCAAUCAAGUGUUCGACGUGUUACCUCUAGCGGCUGUUAUAGAUGGAAAGGUAUUUUGCUGUCAUGGUGGUAUCCCACCACCAUGGGUGUGCCCUCUUAUAUCAGCCAUUGAUAAAGUUCCGGUUCCUUUGCCACGUCCGUCAGAGCAGAGCUCGAUAGCUUGGGAACUACUAUGGAAUGAUCCUAUUAGAAAUAAUAAAAUAACAGCAUCCCUAGCCCUGGAACUGGCAGCGAACGAAGGCUUCGCGGUGAACAAUAAACGUGGCACGGGUCACGUCUUCGAGCAGAGCGCACUAGAGCGAUUCCUUCUGGCGAACCAGCUGUCCCAUGUGGUGCGAGCUCAUGAAUUACAACAGAACGGAUUUAUGGUACAAUUCAAUGGUCGCCUUGUAUCUGUAUUCUCUUCAUCUCACUACUGUGGUGGAUCAAAUGACUCUGGUUUGGCAUUACUGGAAGACGGAAAACUUCGGCUUAUUCGAGUUUCAAACGAUUAA